UAAUUUUUUAAUUUCACAGCGGUUAUAAAUGUACCUCUAUUAAAGCGGUUUUCAGCAGGAAAACUCGUCCUUGCAGGCAGUAGCAUUGCCGCUACAGGACUCAGCCUCAUAUAUUUUGCAACAUCUGGAAUGCACUUUCUACUACUAAUGCUUGUAACAGGGUUUGGUUAUAGCUUAGUCAUUUUGCCUUCUGAAGCCAGCGUCGUUGACUACUUUCCAGAUCACUUCGAGAUCGCUACAACCAUUGUCCUCCUGGGCAGCGGUGUAGGUAUGAUGACGCUCCCAUUGCUUACAGAACAGCUCGUCAUGGCUUACUCCUGGAGAGGGGCGAUCCUUAUUCUAGGGGCCUUGAACUUUCAUUCGUGUGCGACGGGGUUACUAAUGACGUCAAGUAGUCAACAAAGGCGUAUAUUAGGAGAACCUACAUUUUUAGCUGGCAGAGCUCAGAUCGGGGAAGACCAUGAAGAAACUGUGUCCCUGAUAAACGAGCAGACGACUGUCGACCUACAUAACAUAGAUGAUGAUCGCAAUGACGAUGGAGUCUUUCGCUCCAGCGCCAAAAUCGUCAGAGCUUCCAAAAAGAUAUUCCUGGAUAUUUUCGAUGUCAAAGUAGUCCGUGAGUGCCCCCGCUUUAUCACAAUCUGCAUGACUUUCUUUACUUCCGCCGUCUCCUACUACGGAUGGAUCGUCUUCUUGAUUCCCAAUGCCGAAGCCAAGGGUAUCAGUCCCGACAAAGCCGUCCUAUUUGCAACCAUUGGCGGUGCUGCGAACAUCUUUGGAAGGCUCACAGUAGGUUUCCUGGCUGCAAGGCUCAAUCUGAAACCUCAGGUCACCUACUGUUUCAUCUGCAUCGCAACAGCAGGGGCAUUCUUCUGUAAUUUCUUCACCAAGAGAUAUUCGAUUCUUAGCUGUUUAGCAGCCAUGAAUGGCUUCGUAAUGGGUGGAAAGGCCAUGAGUAGCAACCUUCUGUGUAAGGACAGUGUCUCGGACGAAAGGUACCCAGCUGCGCUGUCUUUCAUAUCACUCGCCUUUGGUAUAGGGGAGGUACUUGGGGCAUUCUUCAUUGGUCUUCUGUACGAUAACACCGAGUCUUUUGAUAUCAUGUUCUGUGUUCUUGGAGCAGCUAAUAUAUUGGAGUCCUGUAUCAUCAUUUUCCCCAUCAUCAUGGACUGGAUUGUCGCCAAGGUUACCACCCGUUAA